AUGCAAAAAUUAAGACAGUUUGCCGCCCUUAUCACUCUUCUUAUUACAUUGGAACGAGUUUUAGCGCUGGAAUUUUUGAAUGUCUAUCGAAAAAAAUGGAAAGAGCAUUACAAAUACUACCUUAUUUUGCUUGCUUUUGCCUUAACUAUGUUCUUCAUAAGCGUUGCUGUUGUGACCACUUAUAUUAGUGGCAAUAAAAAUCCAACUUCUAUGUGUAGUGUUUUGCAAGCGACUGGCCCUAUUUAUGGGACCAUACAUUUUAUAUUGAUAGCUUUAGUGUACCUGCUAUGUUUUAUAGUUUUGAAAGUUAUAUUCAAACGUAUAAAUAGGAGAAGGGCGCCGUCAAAAGAUGAAGCAUGGAAGCAAAAAAUGCUUUUAGUCAUUAGCGGAAUUUCUGUAAUUUUGGUGACUGUUCCGAAUGUUGUUUUAUGCAUCAAUGAUUGGCAAAUACCAAGGAUAAAUGAUCUUGCCGUGGGUGUGACUUAUUGCCUUUAUACAAUACAUUCUGGACUUUCGCUCUUCGUUUACACUGCAUUUCGCCCUGACUUUCGUCAUAGGCUUCUGUGCAUUCUACAACUGCGUAGACUAGGAUAUCAAGCUCAAAGCACUAAGAGUGCUAGAAUUAAUUCAGCUUUUACAGUAUUUGUUAAUGUUAAACCGCUUGAAUAA